CUGAUCAGUGGUGGUUCUAUUGUAAGUGCUGAGGCAGUAUGGGAUCACGUCACCAUGGCCAACCGGGAGUUGGCGUUUAAAGCAGGAGACGUUAUCAAGGUCCUGGAUGCUUCCAACAAGGACUGGUGGUGGGGUCAGAUCGAUGAUGAAGAAGGAUGGUUUCCCGCCAGCUUCGUGAGGCUAUGGGUAAACCAAGAAGAUGGAGUGGAGGAGGGAACCAGCGAUGUGCAGAAUGGCCAUUUGGAUCCAAGCGCCGACUGCCUCUGUCUCGGCAGGACCGUUCAGAACCGAGACCAGAUGAGAGCCAACGUCAUCAAUGAAAUCAUGAGCACGGAGCGCCACUACAUCAAGCACCUGAAGGACAUUUGCGAGGGUUACUUAAAGCAGUGCCGGAAGAGAAGGGAUAUGUUCAGUGAUGAACAGCUAAAAAUCAUCUUUGGUAACAUCGAAGAUAUCUACAGAUUUCAGAUGGGUUUUGUCCGGGACUUGGAAAAACAGUACAACAACGAGGACCCCCAUCUCAGUGAAAUUGGACCAUGUUUCCUUGAACACCAAGAUGGCUUCUGGAUCUAUUCGGAGUACUGUAACAAUCAUUUGGAUGCAUGCAUGGAGCUUUCCAAGCUGAUGAAAGAUAGCAGGUACCAGCAUUUCUUCGAAGCAUGUCGUCUAUUGCAGCAGAUGAUUGAUAUCGCCAUAGACGGUUUCCUUCUGACGCCAGUGCAGAAGAUCUGCAAAUACCCCCUGCAGCUCGCAGAGCUACUGAAGUACACCGCGCAGGAUCACAGUGACUACAGGUAUGUGGCUGCUGCUCUCGCCGUCAUGAGGAACGUGACUCUACAGAUCAAUGAGCGGAAGCGGAGAUUGGAGAACAUUGACAAGAUAGCUCAGUGGCAGGCCUCCGUUCUGGACUGGGAGGGAGACGAUAUCUUGGACCGCAGCUCCGAGUUGAUCUACACAGGAGAGAUGUCCUGGAUUUACCAGCCUUAUGGACGGAACCAGCAGCGUGUUUUCUUUCUCUUUGAUCACCAGAUGGUUCUCUGCAAGAAGGAUCUGAUACGAAGAGAUAUUCUGUAUUACAAAGGUCGCAUAGACAUGGAUAAAUAUGAAGUGGUGGAUAUAGAAGACGGGAGAGAUGAUGACUUCAAUGUCAGCAUGAAGAAUGCCUUCAAACUUCAUAACAAGGAGACUGAGGAAAUGCACUUAUUCUUUGCAAAGAAACUGGAGGAGAAGUUACGAUGGCUUAGAGCUUUCAGAGAAGAAAGGAAGAUGGUAAAAGAAGAUGAAAAGAUAGGCUUUGAAAUUUCUGAAAAUCAAAAGCGGCAAGCGGCAAUGACAGUAAAGAAAGUCAGUAAGCAAAAAGGUGUGAGCUACUCCAAGUCGGUUCCUCCAGCCUACCCACCACCCCAGGAUCCAUUAAAUCAGGGACAAUACAUGGUGACAGAUGGCAUAUCCCAGUCCCAGGUCUUCGAGUUCACCGAACCCAGACGCAGCCAGGCACCAUUCUGGCAAAACUUCAGCAGGUUAACACCAUUCAAAAAAUAAUACCUAGAGAGAUGGAGAAUUUUAACUUAAAAGAACUAAAAUUUAAAAAUAAAAAUAAAUAAAAUUAUA